AUGGAGACAAUGAUGGGAGAUAAACUGAUACUGAGAGGCUUGAAAUUUUACGGUUUCCAUGGAGCUCUUCCUGAAGAGAGAACAUUGGGACAGAUGUUUAUGCUUGACAUUGAUGCAUGGAUGUGUCUCAAAAAGGCCGGUUUAUCAGACAACUUAGAAGAUUCAGUCAGCUAUGUCGACAUUUACAAUUUUGCAAAGGAAGUAGUAGAAGGAUCACCGAGAAACCUUUUGGAGUCAGUAGCGGAACUCAUAGCGUCCAAAACUCUGGAAUCAUUCCCUUGUGUAACAGCUGUUCGGGUGAAGCUAUGGAAGCCAAAUGUUCCGCGUAUUCAAACGGAUAUCGAUUACUUUGGGAUCGAGAUUCUCAGAAACCGUGCAAUCUGA